ACCCACACCGCAGCGCAAGGUACCCCUCGCUGCCCUCCUCCAUCCCUAGUUGGAUGUUACCCACUCCUUAAGGAAGAAUGGUUGAUUUGGAGAGCGAAGUGCCCCCUCUGCCUCCCAGGUACCGAUUCCGGGAUUUGCUGCUAGGGGACCAAGGCUGGCAAAAUGAUGACAGGGUCCAAGUUGAAUUCUACAUGAAUGAAAACACAUUUAAAGAGAGAUUAAAAUUAUUUUUCAUAAAAAACCAGCGAUCAAGUCUAAGAAUCCGCUUGUUCAACUUUUCCCUCAAAUUGUUAAGCUGCUUGUUAUAUAUUAUCCGCGUGCUGCUUGAGAAACCUUCACAGGGAAAUGAAUGGUCUCACAUAUUUUGGGUUAACAGAAGUCUACCUUUAUGGGGCUUACAGGUCUCAGUGGCAUUGAUCAGUCUAUUUGAAACAAUACUCCUUGGUUAUCUCAGUUAUAAGGGAAAUAUCUGGGAGCAGAUUUUACGAAUCCCGUUCAUCUUGGAAAUAAUUAAUGCAGUCCCCUUCAUUAUCUCAAUAUUCUGGCCUACCUUACGGAAUCUAUUUGUUCCAGUUUUUCUAAACUGUUGGCUUGCCAAACAUGCCUUGGAAAAUAUGAUUAAUGAUCUUCAUAGAGCCAUUCAGCGUACACAGUCUGCAAUGUUUAAUCAAGUAUUGAUUUUGAUAUCUACAUUACUAUGCCUUAUCUUCACUUGCAUUUGUGGAAUUCAGCAUCUAGAACGAAUUGGAAAGAAACUCAAUCUCUUUGACUCCCUGUAUUUCUGCAUUGUGACAUUUUCUACUGUGGGCUUCGGAGAUGUCACUCCUGAAACAUGGUCCUCCAAGCUUUUUGUUGUUGCCAUGAUCUGCGUGGCCCUUGUGGUCCUCCCCAUACAGUUUGAACAAUUGGCCUAUUUGUGGAUGGAGAGACAAAAAUCAGGUGGAAACUAUAGUAGGCAUCGAGCACAGACUGAGAAGCAUGUUGUCCUGUGUGUCAGCUCAUUGAAGAUUGACUUACUGAUGGAUUUUUUAAAUGAAUUUUACGCGCAUCCAAGACUACAGGAUUAUUAUGUGGUGAUUUUGUGUCCUACGGAGAUGGAUGUGCAAGUUCGGAGGGUGCUACAGAUUCCAAUGUGGUCCCAGAGAGUGAUCUACCUUCAAGGCUCAGCCCUUAAAGAUCAGGAUCUCCUGAGAGCAAAGAUGGACAAUGCAGAGGCCUGUUUCAUUCUGAGUAGCCGCUGCGAAGUGGACAGAACAUCAUCUGAUCACCAAACAAUUUUGAGAGCAUGGGCUGUGAAAGAUUUUGCUCCCAAUUGUCCUUUGUAUGUUCAAAUAUUAAAACCUGAAAAUAAAUUCCACAUCAAAUUUGCAGAUCAUGUUGUUUGUGAAGAAGAGUUUAAGUACGCCAUGUUAGCUUUAAACUGUAUAUGCCCAGCAACAUCUACGCUUAUUACCUUACUAGUUCAUACAUCUAGAGGGCAAGAAGGGCAGCAGUCACCAGAACAGUGGCAGAAGAUGUACGGGAGGUGCUCGGGAAAUGAAGUCUAUCACAUCGUUUUGGAAGAAAGUACAUUUUUUGCUGAAUAUGAAGGGAAGAGUUUUACCUAUGCUUCUUUCCAUGCACACAAAAAGUUUGGUGUCUGCUUGAUUGGUGUUAGGAGGGAGGAUAAUAAAAACAUUUUGCUGAAUCCAGGUCCUCGAUACAUUAUGAAUGCUUCAGACAUUUGUUUUUACAUUAAUAUUACCAAAGAAGAAAAUUCAGCAUUUAAGAACCAAGACCAGCAGAGAACAAGUAAUGUGCCAAGGUCAUUUUAUCAUGGGCCUUCCAGAUUACCUGUCCACAGCAUCAUCGCCAGCAUGGGUACUGUGGCUAUAGACUUGCAAGACACAAGCUGUAGAGCAUCAAGUGGCCCUACCCUGGCUCUUCCUACAGAGGGAGGGAAAGAAUUAAGAAGACCUAGCAUUGCACCUGUUUUAGAGGUUGCAGAUACAUCAUCAAUUCAAACAUGUGAUCUUUUAAGUGACCAAUCAGAAGAUGAAACUACACCAGAUGAAGAAACGUCUUCAAAUUUAGAGUACGCCAAAGGCUACCCUCCUUACUCUCCAUACAUAGGAAGUUCACCUACAUUUUGUCACCUACUACAAGAAAAAGUGCCCUUUUGCUGCUUAAGAUUAGACAAGAGUUGCCAGCAUAACUACUAUGAGGAUGCAAAAGCCUAUGGAUUCAAAAACAAACUAAUUAUAGUUGCAGCUGAAACAGCUGGAAAUGGAUUAUAUAAUUUUAUUGUACCUCUCAGGGCAUAUUAUAGACCAAAGAAAGAAUUAAAUCCCAUAGUUCUGCUAUUGGAUAACCCGCCAGAUAUGCAUUUUCUGGAUGCAAUCUGUUGGUUUCCAAUGGUUUACUACAUGGUGGGCUCUAUUGACAACCUAGAUGAUUUACUCAGGUGUGGAGUGACUUUUGCUGCCAACAUGGUGGUUGUGGACAAAGAGAGCACCAUGAGUGCGGAGGAAGACUACAUGGCAGAUGCCAAAACAAUUGUGAAUGUGCAGACUCUUUUCAGGUUGUUUUCCAGUCUCAGUAUUAUCACUGAGCUUACUCACCCAGCAAAUAUGAGAUUCAUGCAAUUCAGAGCCAAGGACUGUUACUCUCUUGCACUUUCAAAACUGGAAAAGAAAGAGCGAGAGCGAGGUUCUAACCUGGCCUUCAUGUUUCGGCUGCCUUUUGCUGCAGGGAGAGUGUUCAGCAUCAGUAUGUUGGACACUCUUCUAUAUCAGUCAUUUGUGAAAGAUUAUAUGAUUUCUAUCACCAGACUUCUGUUGGGACUGGACACCAUACCAGGAUCGGGGUUUCUUUGUUCUAUGAAAAUCACUGAAGAUGACUUGUGGAUCCGAACAUAUGCCAGACUCUACCAGAAGUUGUGUUCUUCUACUGGAGAUGUUCCCAUUGGUAUAUAUAGAACAGAGUCUCAGAAGCUGACUACAUCUGAGUCUCAAAUAUCCAUCAGUGUGGAAGAGUGGGAAGACACCAAAGAUGCCAAAGAGCCCGGGCACCACCGCAGCAUUCACCGCAACUCAACAUCUAGCGACCAAUCUGACCACCCCUUGCUACGGAGGAAGAGCAUGCAGUGGGCCCGACGGUUGAGCAGAAAAGGCCCAAAGCACUCUGGUAAAACUGCAGAAAAGAUAACCCAGCAGCGACUGAACCUCUACCGAAGGUCAGAAAGACAGGAGCUUGCUGAACUUGUGAAAAAUAGAAUGAAACACCUGGGCCUUUCUACAGUGGGCUACGAUGAAAUGAAUGAUCAUCAAAGCACCCUUUCCUACAUCCUGAUUAACCCGUCUCCGGACACCAGGCUUGAGCUGAAUGAUGUGGUAUACUUGAUUAGACCAGAUCCACUGUCCUACCUUCCGAACAGUGAACCCAGUAGGAAAAAUAGCAUCUGCAAUGCUGCUGUUCAAGAUUCUCGGGAGGAAACUCAACUCUGAUGACACGGAAAUUAGAGACUUUAUUUUCCCCACAGGGAUCUUGUUUGAAAUCACU